AUGACUCCAGAGGAAGAAGUCCAGAGACAGAGCACCAUGACUUCUGAGAAAGGUCCUUCAACAGGUGACCCCACUCUGAGGAGAAGAAUCGAACCCUGGGAGUUUGACAUCUUCUAUGACCCCAGAGAACUUCGUAAAGAGGCCUGUCUGCUCUACGAAAUCAAGUGGGGCAUGAGCCCGAAGAUCUGGCGAAGCUCAGGCAAAAACACCACCAAUCACGUGGAAGUUAAUUUUAUAGAAAAAUUGACGUCAGAAAGACGUUUUCACUCAUCCAUCAGCUGCUCCAUCACCUGGUUCUUGUCCUGGAGUCCCUGCUGGGAAUGCUCCCAGGCUAUUAGGGAGUUUUUGAGUCAGCACCCUGGUGUGACUCUGGUGAUCUAUGUAGCACGGCUUUUUUGGCAUACGGAUCAACAAAAUCGGCAAGGUCUCAGGGACCUCGUUAACAGUGGAGUAACUAUUCAGAUUAUGAGAGCAUCAGAGUAUUAUCACUGCUGGAGGAAUUUUGUCAACUACCCACCUGGGGAAGAAGCUCACUGGCCACGAUAUCCACCUCUGUGGAUGAUGUUGUACGCACUGGAGCUGCACUGCAUAAUUCUAAGUCUUCCACCCUGUUUAAAGAUUUCAAGAAGACAGCAAAAUCAUCUUACAUUUUUCAGACUUCAUCUUCAAAAUUGCCAUUACCAAACGAUUCCACCACACAUCCUUUUAGCUACAGGGCUGAUACAGCCUUCCGUGACUUGGAGAUGAAUAGAAUGAUUUCUAUGUGCGUACUGAUUCAAGAACAAGCAAUGAUGACCCACUAAAGGGUGAAUGCCAUUUAGAAUCUAGAAAUGUUCACAAGGUACCCCAAAACUUUGCAGCUUAAACCAACAAUAAAUAUGUAUUAUCUCU